UAUCGAUCAGAUGCUAGCUUCACACACACACAUCAAAACAUAACCCAAUUUCCCAAUAUCGUAUUAUUGUUUGUAAAUAUUUAUUAAUUAUUGUUUGUAAAGAGAAAUUAAAAGUAUGGAAGAAUUUUUACUAGAACAAAAACAAAAAAUUUGCAAAUAUUGCGGUCUCUUGCUAGUUCCAUGUCUGGACGAAGGCUUAGAGUGCACCCAGUGCCAAAAUUACGUGCACUUAAAAUGUUUAAAAAGGGGCUCUGUACCCGGCGGACUUGAAGGGGAUGUGUUUUACAUUUAUACUUGCUUGGAGUGCUCCGAUAGGGAUACAGAAAAGUUUGUCAGGCAGAAAAUAUCUUGGUUACAGGCUUUAGUUUUGGCCCUUUACCACCUACAAACCAAAAGUGGAGGUCUAGGAAAUAAUGGUUUUUUCCAUUGGAGGCACCACAUUGUCUCUUUUGUGGACCGCCAUUCUGAUAUUAUAUUUCCAAAUGAAAAACAAAGAAAAAAGAAGUGGGUGGGCACGAUAGCAGGGAGACUAUCGCAUUAUAGUGGCUAUUUGUUUGUAUCAGGCAGUAAAACAAUAUUUAAUAAGCCUGCCUGGUGGACUUUGAUGUAUCCAAAAAUUACCCCGGGAGUAUUAUCAGAAGUUUAUAAUGCUCUGAAUUUGGAAAAACAAAGAGUAAAAUUAAACAAUGAGAAAAAGGUCUUGACAGAUGCCCAAAUGUUCCACAAUAUACUCACUCAGUACAUCACAGAUCCAAAUUUGACUCAAACGAUUGAUGUUACCAAUGAUAGUAGCAUACAAUUCGAAAAUAUUGGAGCAGUUGAGCUAGAAAUAGAAAAAAAGAAAGCUGAAAUGAAAGUAAAAGGUAUGAAAAGGAAACAAACUACGCCAUUUAUGGUGCCCCAAAAUAAAAAAUUAAUAAAAUUGGCUCCCAAAUCAAUAGCGCCAAGCUUGACUGAGCCUGUUUUAGAUCGUCCAGUUCAAAUUCAAUCACAAGGACCUUCAAAAAUAGUGCCUACAGAACAUAAAAAAUCUAUAAGACUUAUUGACCCUAUGUGUUACUAUAAUACCUCCUUAAGCAAUAUUUCUCGAAUGAAAAUGCUAAAAAUGACAGUAAAACUAACUGGCAAUACAAGGAAAGAGAUGAUUCUGUCCCCUUAUAGUGGAAUAUAUCUUAAACCUUAUAUUAGAAGGGAUACAGAAACUUUUCCUAAUUGGCUUAAGUUGAUGGCGGAGCUUCAAUUAGAAGCAAACAAAAAUAACGCAGAAUUCGUUUUACCACCAAGAGCACCCAUAGAUUAUUCAUACGUCCAGCCUGAACAUAUUCCCGCCAUUAACAGUUUGUGUAAUCAGUUUUUUUGGCCUGGAAUAGACCUAACAGACUCACUACAAUACCCGGACUUUAGCUGUGUGGCUUUGUAUAAAAAAUUAAUUAUCGGAUUUGCAUUUUUGGUCCCGGAUGUAAAGCAUACCGAAAAUUAUAUUUCGUUUGUGUUCACAAGGCCUGCUUGGAGGAAUUGUGGUAUUGCUAAGUUUAUGAUGUACCAUUUAAUUCAAACAAGUUUGGGAAGAGAUGUCACCUUACAUGUCUCUAUUGAUAAUCCAGCAUUAUUUCUCUAUCAGAAGUUUGGGUUUAAGGUGGAAAAUGUGGUUUUAGAUUUUUAUGAUAAAUAUUACAGGAGUGAUGUUCGAGAAUCAAAAAAUGCCUUUUUUUGUAGAUUGGAAAGAUAAUAUUAAGAGAGAGAUUUUAUCAUCUAUACCUAGAACUCAUAUUAUAAGAAGUACAACAAUAAAGUUUAUAAUAAAUUUUAAAUUAAAUAAAAAAAUUUGAUCUAAUCAAUAUGA